CCUUCCGUUUAACACCUAAAAAUCGUGAAACGGGAUGUAUUAGCAUUGAUGGUGAAAAGGUACCAUUUGAACCUUUCCAAGUAGAAGUUCACCAAAAUCUGAUAAGCAUACUUAGUGUUAAUGGAAAGUAUCAUUACGUUGAUGUCUAA